UGCAAAUGUGAGAGUGACCACGCCAGUGACAGAUGGUAACGGAAAGAGAGUUUUUUAGGUUAGUUCAGUGCCACCAACUUUAGUAAUGGACGUCAUUUUUUGACGUUUGUUAUUGAAAACACAAAAAUAAGAAAAUGCUGCGUACCACCCUUUUAAAAGCCCUCACGGGGUCCAAGCUGGGCCCCAAGCACAUCACCGUCCUGUCUCGGGCCGCGAGUGAUGUUGCUAAAAAGCCGGAAAAAAUCGAAGUCUUUAUUGACGAUCAGCCUGUUUUGGUGGAACCUGGGACCACCGUCCUGCAAGCCGCGGCUUUGGUCGGUGUGGAAAUCCCCCGAUUUUGCUACCACGAGCGUCUCGCGGUUGCUGGUAACUGCCGAAUGUGUCUCGUGGAAGUGGAAAAGUCCCCCAAACCUGUGGCGGCUUGUGCCAUGCCUGUUAUGAAAGGGUGGCGCAUUAAAACCAACUCCGAGAUGACUAAAAAGGCCCGUGAGGGGGUCAUGGAGUUCCUUUUGGUGAACCACCCCCUCGAUUGCCCCAUUUGCGACCAAGGGGGCGAGUGUGAUUUGCAGGACCAGAGUAUGGCGUUCGGGUCCGAUAGGUCACGGUUUACCGAUAUAGACUUCUCGGGGAAGAGGGCUGUGGAGGAUAAGGAUAUAGGGCCUUUGAUUAAGACGAUAAUGACGAGGUGUAUUCACUGCACGAGGUGUAUUCGUUUCGCGUCCGAAAUCGCAGGGGUUGAUGAUUUGGGGACGACGGGACGGGGCUCCGGUAUGGAAAUUGGUACUUACGUACAGAAGUUUUUCUUGUCGGAGUUGUCGGGAAAUGUGAUUGAUUUGUGUCCCGUGGGGGCGCUGACUAGCAAGCCGUAUAGUUUCACAGCGAGGCCUUGGGAGAUAAGGAAAAUUGACUCGAUUGAUGUUUUGGAUGCUGUUGGUUCGAAUAUUGUGGUCUCGACAAGGACGGGCGAGGUGAUGAGGAUUAUGCCGAGGACUAAUGAGGAAAUCAAUGAGGAAUGGUUAUCAGAUAAGGCGCGGUUUGCGUACGACGGCCUCAAACGCCAACGCCUCGUCACCCCCAUGCUGAAAGCCACAAACGGCGAACUAAAGCCAGUCGACUGGGAAACGGCUUUACUUUCCGUCGCCAAAGUAAUGAAAAACGCCGGCUCAAGCAUUGGCGCAAUCGCCGGCGGUUUAGCCGAUGCCGAAGCCCUUGUAGCCCUAAAAGACCUCUUGAACCGUUUAGGUUCGGAAAAUUUGUGUACAGAACACACAUUCCCAAUGGACGGUUCCGCCACCGAUCUCCGAUCGAGUUACCUCCUCAACAACAAGAUCAUGGGGGCUGAAGAGGCCGACUUUGCCCUCCUCAUUGGAACCAAUCCGCGAUUUGAAGCCCCACUUUUAAACUCACGUUUGAGGAAAGCCUACGUCCACAAAGAACUGGACGUUGCUUUAAUCGGCCCGAAAGUCAACCUAACCUACGGUUAUAACCACUUGGGGGAUGACCCGGAGGUUAUUUCCAAAAUCGCCUCAGGGAGCCACCCCAUCGCCCAGAAGUUAAAAUCGGCGAAAAAGCCUCUGAUUAUCCUCGGGGCCGAUUUGUUGCAGCGCCCCGAUGGGGCUGCCAUUUUAUCCCAAGUGCAGAAAAUCGCCUCGUUGGCGAGCCCAGCCGAAGGCUGGAAAGUCUUCAAUAUCUUGCACAAGGUUGCCAGUCAGGUCGCAGCCCUCGAUGUUGGCUACACCCCAGGGGUUGAUAAAAUUCGCGAAAACAACCCCAAAGUCAUUUUCCUGUUGGGGGCCGACGAGUGUGCGAUUGACCGAAGCGACUUGCCUGAGGGUUGUUUCGUGGUUUAUCAAGGGCACCAUGGGGACCAUGGGGCUACAAUUGCCGACGCGGUGCUCCCGGGGGCUGCCUACACCGAGAAACAAGCGACUUAUGUGAACACCGAAGGCAGGGCGCAGCAGACGUUGCCGGCGGUCUCGCCCCCAGGAAACGCCAGGGAGGACUGGAAGAUAAUUAGGGCGCUCUCUGAGAUUUUAGGGGCCCCCUUGCCCUAUGAUUCGCUGGAGGAUAUCAGGUGUAGGUUGCAUCAAGUGGCGCCCCAUUUGACGAGAUAUGGGGAUGCCGAAAGUGCGAACUAUUUUAAACAAGCUCAAGAGUUGGCAAAGAAUAUACAGAGUGAUAAAAUAAGUGGGUCUCCGAUUGAUGUUAAAAUAAAGGAGUUGAAGGACUUUUAUAUGACGGAUGCGAUAAGUCGGGCUUCGCCCACCAUGGCCAAGUGUGUCCAAGCUGUGCUGAAGCAGGAGCAGUCAAAAUAUUGAAUAGUUUAGAUAAUUGUGUAUUAUAAAAGAAUCAAUAAAAUAAUAAACGAAACAAA